AUCAGAGGAGGGAGUUCAUCCACGGUCUGCGCGCACAACACAGCGCUUUUAUCCGAAAGACGUCUCUCUGUUUCGGUUUUUAUUCAUCCACGUCUCACCGAGGGACAGCCACUGACUUGACACAGGACAGGAGCGGAUUUUACCGGCUCUGAGCCCGUUGAGGGACAUUAUUCUGCGCAGUGUAUAACAGCCAAUGUGGGCCGCGGCGGUUUGAUGGGCGUGUGAGUUUACAAAAAUUGAACAGACUUUGGUUGCUUUCAAACUUAUUUUUAUUCGUUUGACUCUUAUUUUAACUUGGAUAAACGCCUGAUAGCAUCUUAUAGUGCACUCAAAAAGUCGCUGUUCCCGAUUUCGACCGCUUUUAUUGCGCUUUCUUCGCACUUUGCCGACGCGAGGACUUAAAACCCUUAACAUGUCGCGCUACAGUCGCCAGCGGCAUGGAUCCGCGUCUCCCAAGUGCAAACCCAUCCGACAGAAGCUCCAGUUCACCUCCAGCGACGGGGAGGACGAGCCCAUAGACGACGUGAACAACAGCACCGGGGAAGAGUCCGGUUUCACGGAGAUGGACUCUCCAGUGGCAGCGCGCAUGGAGGCGGGCAGCGCUCUGGAUCAGUCCGCGGAUGAUGUGGAGCUCUGGGAGGACGAGGAGGACGGACUGAGCUUCGGUUCUCCCACGCACCUACAGUCCCCCACCAGCCGCCUUUUCGCCACCUGCUCCCCGUCACCAAAGAAGCUCUCCUCCCGACUCUUCGGAGACUCUCCAGACCGGACUUAUCCGCAGGAUGAGGGGGAACCGUCUAGUUCUCCCAUCCCCGACUGCCCCGACACUCCUCCACACAAAACCUUCAGAAAGCUGCGGCUUUUCGACACGCCACACACGCCAAAGAGUUUACUGUCCAGAGCGCGGACGACGGGCACUACUUCAUCCAAUCGCAGAGUGGCGCUGUUCAAAACCGACCAAUCAGGAAAGGCCUUGACAGACAGUGCCCGGCGACAACACACGCCACUGGUGAACUUUAACCCCUUCACACCCGACUCUCUGCUCAUCCAAUCGGCCACACAGCAAAGGGUCAACCGAAAGAGGGCACACUGGAAUGAUUCUUGUGGUGAAGACAUGGACCCUAGUGAUGGAGAAGGAGAGGAGGAAAUCCUGCCUCCCUCAAAGCGUAUCACGAUGAUGCACAGUAACAUGGCGUCACGUUAUACCUCUGAGUUCUUGGAGUUGGAGAAGAUUGGCUGUGGAGAGUUUGGGGCGGUGUUUAAAUGUGUGAAACGACUGGAUGGCUGCAUCUACGCCAUCAAGAGGUCCAAGAAACCACUCGCCGGAUCUGUGGACGAACAGAAUGCUCUACGUGAGGUGUAUGCACAUGCGGUCCUGGGACAGCACCCCCAUGUGGUGAGGUAUUACUCUGCGUGGGCUGAGGACGAACACAUGCUAAUACAGAAUGAGUACUGCAAUGGCGGUACGCUAGCUGACCUAGUGUCUGAAAACUACCGAAGACUUACAUAUUUAAACGAAGCUGCACUAAAAGACCUGCUGCUCCAAGUGACUAGAGGGCUGCGCUACGUGCACUCCACUGGCCUCGUGCACAUGGACAUUAAACCAAGUAAUAUCUUUAUUUCACGUAAAUCAGUUACAAGUUGUGAAGAUGUGGACGAAGAAGAGGACGAACUCUCUACAAGCGUCAUUUACAAAAUUGGUGACUUGGGUCAUGUGACAUGUGUGAAUAACCCUCAGGUGGAGGAGGGAGACAGCCGGUACCUGGCCAAUGAAGUUCUACAGGAGAAAGUUGCAACUUGAUACAGAACUACAGCGGACAUUUUUGCUUUGGCGCUCACUGUGGUGAGUGCUUCCGGAGCUGAGCCACUUCCCACAAACGGAGACAAAUGGCACGAAAUCCGGCAAGGAAAACUACCCUCCAUCCCACAGGUCCUGUCUCCGGAUUUCAUCGCACUGCUCAAGCUAAUGAUUCACCCGGACCCUUCGCGCAGACCCUCCACGUCACAGCUACUCAGAAACCCUGUGCUCCUCACCGCCGCCAAGAUGGACGCUGACCAGCUCAGAGUGGAGCUCAACGCUGAGAAGUUCAAGAAUGCACUACUGCAAAAGGAGCUGAAAAAGGCUCAGAUGGCUCGAGCGGCAGCAGAAGAGAAAGUCCUGUCCACAGACCGGGUCCUGACCAGAUCCACACUCCAGACCGGACCCAGGAACGGAAGACUGAUCGGCAAGAAGAUGAACCGCUCAGUCAGCCUGACUAUAUAUUGAGAUUACAGAGACCGAGUUUCAACCAGGUCUGAACCAGGACUAAACCAGGACUCACUAUAUAUUGAAGGACUAGAGACCGGGACAGGACUGAAUAGGGACCAGGACAUGCCAUCUACUGAGAAAAGACUGAACCAGGUCUGACCCAGAUCUCACCAUCUACUGAGCAAGAACUAGAGAGACCAGGUCUGAACCGGAUUUGAACGAGAUCUGUAUCAGGACUCCCAAUGUACUGAGCAAGACCUACAGAGACUGGAUCUGUACUAGGUUUAAACCAGAUCUCACCAUCUACUAAAAAAAGACUCCAGUAGACUCAGGUCUGGACCAGGUCUAAACCAGGAAAUACAACUUUACAAAAAAGACCAGAUUUUGCCAGACACAUUUUUCCCAAUCCCCGGAUUUUCACUUGGGUAAAGAAACAAACUUCAACUCAAAAAAAAAAAAAAACUGUCAAAGAUCUGCAGAUUCAAACGAAAUGGACGUUUUUAAAAUUCUGCAACAAAAGAAGAAAAAAAGCCCUACUGCCUCAAAAAUGCAGCAACAAGUUUGGACAGUAUUUAAAAUAAUUUCAUCCCUAGACCCUUUUCACACUUGAGAGUGUUGACUCAAAUUUGUACUGACUCUUCGAUUUAAAAUGUCAAAUGCACAUUAUUCAUUUAGAGACAAUGAGAUUAUAACUUACACCUUGAAGUUUCAAAUUUGAUGUUGCUCAACUUGUCAAACCUUACAGGGGCUAUUGUGCAAAAUGGACAUUAUGGAGUUACCUCCAUGUCGUAUCAUUGUUCACUCAUUAAAAACAUGUCUGAAGAGGUUUUAAAUGUCCUUCACACGUUUGACUAUUUUAGCGCUCUCUUCAGAUAUUAUGGAAUGUUUUAUUUUGGAAUUAAAAAAUUGUCACAAAAGUUUAAACUUUUUGAGGAACUUUAAGUGUGAAAUGGGUCCAAAAUUCAGUUUUAAAUCCUGGUACAAAAAACAAACUGAAAAAGCAAGUCUUUUCUUUUUUCCUUGCCUUCUUCUCUCCUUUCCUAGUGUCUCCUUGUUUCCUAGAUGAAUGUAAGCUGAACCAGAUCAGAGCACUUUGAACGAGUCGAAAUGUAAACAAUUCUCAGAAAAUGUAAAUUCCAAACAAAAAUGUAAAAAAAAAAUCUAAGUGUAGAAAGCGCUGCUAUGACUGUGUUUGGGUCAGAGGACAGAGGUCAAGCGUAAACAAAACAGGUAGCGGCCAUUUUGUGACAUCAGUGGAGCAAAAAGUUAUGUUAAUCAACUUCUAACAUUUUAUUUUCAACCAUUUUGUUUUUAUGAAACACAAAAAUCCCCAAUUUUAAUACUGAUUGACAAAAUUACACAUUUUGAUCUCAGUGAAUUUUGUUUUGUUGUUUCGUCUUGUUCUGAAAUUGAAUUAUCUGUUGUGGUGUGAUUCUAAUUUGUGAUUUCUGUGUGGAAUUUGCAAAAAGAACUAAAAAACAAAACACAAAACCUAAUGUGAUUUUGAGGUUAAGUGGCUGUUAGUUGGUAUAGAUUUAUACUUCCAAUAAAAUUACACUGUAUUCAGUCUUUUCAGUAAACAAAUGUCAUAUUAAGAGUAAGUCUGAUUUCAUAUUUUUAAUGAACUUUAAAAACAAAACAUUUCAUUUUUUUCCCUUUUUGUUGAAGAGGGGGUGUUACGCAAUUUUCUUUUUUUUUUUUUUUUUUUUUUUUUUUUUUUUUUUUUACAUUGAUCCCUCAUCAAAAACAUGCCUGAAGAAAUUUUAGAUGUCAUCCAUGCAUGUCUGAUUAAUGUAGUGAUCUCUCACAGACCCUGUCGACCUAAGUUAAUAAUAAUAAUAAUAAUUCCAUCAGUUUUAUAUAACGCUUUUUUGGACACUCAAAGACACUUUACAGAGAAUUCAUUCACUCCAUACCCGGUGAUGGUAAGCUACUACUGUAGCCACAGCUGCCCUGGGGCAGACUGAUGUAGUUAACUGUAAGACAAGCAUGCAUCACUCAUGCUGUCACAUGACCAUUCUCCAUUAACAAUUCUGAAGCUGGAGUGACUUGGCAAGGGGAUCAAAAUGAGUGGAUACUCAGCAUUUAAAAUGAAAGUGUAAUACCUCCUCUUUAAAACAAGAUCGUGGUUCAUGCAUUUAUAAAAAAUGAUUUCUCUCAUUUUAAACACCAAAUGAGUUGUUCCUUGUAAACAUCGCUGGUCAUCUCCACUGUUGAACGCACUGAUGUUUGAUCUACAUUUAAAUGUUUAUCAUGGGAUUGGUUUGUAAAAUGGUGGUAUUUUUGUAUGUUUCGCUGGUUCCUCUGCCUCUGCCUUAGCAUUAGAACAAUCACUGUUUGUCUUUACAGUCAAAUUCUGUUUAAUUUUGACGUUUGAAGAAAAAACAUUUGUUCUUUGUAAAAAUCUAACUUUUCUGUUUUAUCUGUAAAUAUGUUCUUUUAAUAAACUUCUUUCUAAAACUCA